CACUGUGCGAACUCUUCUCGUCGUCCUCCUCCUCUUCUUCCUCCUUCUCCUCCUCUUCCUCCCCCUGCUUAUGUCUCCUCUUCCGCCACCUCCAUCUCUCUAGCAACUCGCUCACAACCCCUGCCUGAUCUUCCUUACCAUACACCAUACGUUCAUUCGUUACUGAACUUAGAAUUCCGAUUUUUCACGAGGUAUUUGACCGUUAAUCGUCACACGGCCAAGUACAAAAGGAAGAUUUCUGAUAAUGAUAAUUUUCCUCGUUGCAGGGGGUGGGAAAGUCGACGGAAGAGUAAGGAGAGAAAGGAAGUCUUUGUCCUACAUUUCUACGUCUAUUUCCUUUCUUUCAUCACUUCUUCUCAAUAUUUUUACCUCUCUAAGUCCUAUUCGAGAAAUUUCAUAUCUGUGAUACAACGCUUACGAUAUGCGCGUGUAUAAGGGUUGACAAAAACGAUUAUCAGAUGUUACCAAGAAAAAAUGACUAGAUAGGUAAAUCAAAUUUCUUCUACCUCUCUCUCUAUCUCUCUCUCCACCUACCAGUUUUUUAUCUACUUUCUCAUCAACCCGUCAAAAUUUCUCUAUCAGCUCGAUAGAACCUCAUACCUCUUUUCCCCGUUUUUCGGAAAGGAAAACGUAUUUUCCAAUGUCGUGGAACCUACCAGAGUGCAAUAUGUUUCAUUUCUCACCCUCUCUCUCUCUCUCUCUCUUUUUCUUUCUUUCUCUCUUUAAGUUCCAGCGAGGCGACCGAAGCGAAUAGUCGACUUGAAAGUCUCUAUUCGCCGCCCUGACCCCGACGGCAGGACGGUACCACAGCACCUCGGAACCGGCAUCGUAACCAUCACCGUCACCACCACUAUCGUUCGCCGUCGCCGCCACCGUCGCCACCACCAUCACCACCACCACCACCAUUACCACCCUCUGGCGCACGACAAAACGCGAGCAGCCAGUCACUGGGAGAAACGGCGUGGGGCGGCUUGUCCCGCGAGCCGGAAACCCUCCGCAAGCGUUCGUGGGGCUGUGCCCGGUUUUCACCUCCUCCUGCGUACCUCCUGCGGAUCGUACCCUGCAUCCGCAUCCGCGAUUGACAUGCUUAUUGAUUUUCUUAAAGACAAAUGCUGUGCAAUCGUACGAAAAAGCAUUUUACUCUAAGAAGAGUUAAGUGUUAUUUAUCACACACAAAAAAAAAAAGAAAAAACAAAAAAAAAAUAAAGAAACGAAACAAGGAUCCCACUUGUCCGAAGAGAUCUUCAUCGGUAUCAAGGAAGUAAUCAAGAGUUAAUGGACAGCUUUAACAAAGCUUACAAUGAUGUUGCAGAGAGUCUACACCGUGUUCUUCAAACAUUAAAGAAGCUGAAAACUAUGCAAAUGUCGCAAACGGAAAUAGAAAACAACGAAGCUGUCGAAACUUCGAUAACACAACAUUUUGCUCGUUUGCACGGCGUCCUACAGAAUAUCGAAAGAAGAAUGAUCGAUAAAGUUCAUGAACAGAAUAAUAGCUAUAUUAAGAAUAUCACGGAACUCGAGACCCAACUGAAGUCCCAUCAAAAUCAAUUACAGGGAGCAUUAUUGGUAGCCUCUACCGCGAAAGAGAAUAUCAAAAGAAUCGAUUUGGAAAAUGUCAUAUGCAAAUUGAAAGAUAUCGCCGAUGUACCUUGUCACUUGAUAAAGGAAUCACUUAUUAACGAGGACAAAAUAAUAUUUAAACCCGACGAAAGCAUCAUCGAUGUUCUAGAAAAACACUGUACUCUUCAGAUACCUUCGAAGAUGCAAUUCUAUCUAUUGCGUACCAAACUCUUGCCCGAAAAUUACCAAGUGGAACCUUUGGAUAACACCAUAGCCAUUUCGAAUAAUCCCUCGAUGGAAGAAGAACUUUCGGUUCUACCAAACAAAACCAUUUCCGUGACUUCUCUUUCUUCUGGAAAUACCGAAAGCUCCCUUCGAUUGGAAUCUUAUGAAUUGGUUAAAGUACUGAAGGUCGUCGAUCCUUCCUGCUUUUACGUUCGAAAUAUGUCGACUCAGAAGCAAGCGGAAAAAUUAACGAACGAUCUUGAAGCUUAUAGCACGAACGCGAUCAAUCCAACAAAUGAUAUUAUCGUCGGUACAAUGUAUAUGUUAAAAUAUUGCACGCGACGGGAAAAAAAAUGGCAACGUGGGAAGGUCAUAAAAAUUAACUUAAAUCAAAACGGCGAUAAAACCUACGACAUAUUGUACGUCGACAAUGGAUACAUCGAACGUAAUGUAUCGAUUAAACGCUUUAAGCUGAUACCAUAUUAUUUGGCAGCAGUACCUAUAUUGGCAACAAAAUGUUCCCUCCACAACAUCUCACCGACGAAUGAUCGUUGGAGCAAGAGUGCUACCGAUACAUUUCGUAAAUUAAUUAAUAAAAAUGAUUCACUAUUGAUGUACGUCGUUCAUACCGUUGGCAAUAUACAUUAUGUCGAUCUUUGUUUCAAAUCGAAUAAUCCGCAAGAAGAAAAUAACUCGAUACGCGAUUUAAUGAUAUUUAUGAAACAUGGCACCCUUAUGUCGUCCCAGAAAUUAAAGAUAUUAAAUCCAUUACCAAUAGUCAUUUACUUUCACGAGGAACUUGAAAUGGAGAUAUACGUUUACGUUACAGUUCAACACGUCGAAUCACCCAACUCCAUAUACGUUACGAAGAUUGGAGAAAAUCGUAAACAUAUCAACAAACUUAUGAAGGACAUGAUGUUGUUUUACAAAAAGAAUUCAGGACGUAAUACGUUAACCUGUCCUCUUGAAAUAAAUACUCCAUGCGCGUUAUACUCAAAUGGAAUAUGGUAUCGUGGAUUAAUCAAGAAAAUCAUUAAUGAAAAAUAUAUCGAUGUAUUUUGUGUUGAUUUUGGAUAUACUAUUACAUCGGAACAUAAUAUGUUAAAAUCAUUGCCGCAUUAUUACAUGAGCAGUAGAAUGCAGGCGAUACAUAUUUCCUUGAAAGAUUUAACUCCAUUGUCCGAAGAUCAUAAUCAAUGGAGUUUACAGACAAUACAGAUAACGAAGCUACAAUUGACGAAUAAAAAUGUCAAAAUUAUAUCUAUGUUUAAAAAUGAAAAUAUUUAUGACGUUUAUUUAUAUAUUAACAAUAUUAAUUUCAAUUCUAUGUUAAUCAAUAAAGGUUUCGCCGAACCAAUAGGACCAAUCGCGUUGAUAUAUCAGGAGAACAAAGAUUUGUUAUCUUUGAAACAGGAUAGAAAUGAAGAAAAUAAAAAUCCUUUACCGAUCGAUGUAAAAUGGAAUAACGAAGAAACAAUGACAAAUGAUCAACCGAUGAUCGAAUCCGAUCCCUUUAAAGUAUCCAUUCAAGUGCAUAAAGCGAUAUCGCCCGAUUGUAUUUAUGUUUCUGACGUGUCACGCGAAGAAGGAAAGUUUAUAUUCAUGUCGAAGUUACAAGAUUUUUAUAGAAAAUAUCAUUCACCUCAAGAAAAGAACUGGACGAAGGAUUCCGUUUGUGUCGUUUAUUCGAAAAAAGAUAAAAGUUAUUUUCGCGCUUAUAUAUUAAACGUCAUUACGUCGAAAGAAGUUCUAGUAUCAUUUUAUGAUAUGGCAAUCGAGGAAAUAAUUCCAAUUGAGCAUAUACAACCGUUAGAUCGACAAUUUCGACAAGAACCGGCAUAUAUAUUUAAAGUUAAGCUCGCCGGUAUUUUACCAUGUGGCGGUUCAAAAAUCUGGCCUUCCGUGUCUUGUCAAAAAUUGUCAGAAAUAAUAGACGAAAAUCAAAGUUCACAAUUUUAUAUUACGAAAAUGUCGGACAUGGAACAGAAUAAAGAGAUAAUACCCGUUCAACUGUGGAUGAAACAAUCAAAACCAGAUGGACCAUUAUCGCCAAUGAAAACGGAAAUCAAUUCUAUUAACAAAAUGUUAGUAGAAGCUGGAUUUGCUUUACCAAUAAAAGAUUACAAUGCAAAAAUAGAUAAGAUACUGGCUAUUGAAUUUAAACGACAAUUAUUAGAAACACAGAUAGGAUAUCAGGAUAAUGAAGAAAAUAUAAAAUGGUUCUCUGUUAAUGAAGGAUUAGAAUGUUCCAUUGAAUCGAAUGAACAAAAUAAUAAUGAAAUUUCUGCGUCAGAAAUAAUAUCAAUGCAUUUAAAUAUACGUUCGAAAAAUGAAGAAGAAGUCGAAAAUGUAAAAGACGAAGAAGAAAAGUAUGAAGUAAAGAAUGAAGUAGAAGAUGAAAUAGAGUAUGAAGUAGAGGAUGAAAUAGAGGAUGAAAUAGAAGACGAAGAGGAAGAGGAAGAGGAAGAUGAAGAUGAAGAUGCAGAUGCAGGUGCAGAUGCAGAUGAAGAUGAAGAUGAAGAUGAAGAUGAAGAUGAAGAUGAAGAUGAAGAUGAUUCUAAUACUACAUCGAGCAUUAACGAUGCUAUCCAAGUACCAAUUUUAACAGAUUGGUUACCGGCACUUCCAAUAAAAAAGAAAAACUUCAUUGCCAUACCAACGUACUUGGAUCACUCUGGAAUGAUUUAUUUACAUUCUAAAAAAAAUGCAAAAAGGACGUUAGAAUAUAUAGAGACAAUGUUAGCUGAUUCUUAUAAAAAGAUCAAGAUAAAACCAUGCGAUAGAAAAUGGAAGGAAGGAGAUAUAUGUAUCGCGCAGUAUCAUGGCAACAAAAAGUGGUACAGAGCAAAAGUAUUAGCCGUGUUAGAUGAAAAUACGAUAGAGGUUCUAUUUGUUGAUUAUGGAAAUAUCGAAGAAUGUUCGAUUGGACUUAUAAAAAAAAGAGUUAUUUUAGAACAUAUACCAAUCCAGUGUAUUAAAUGCAUUGUUCCCGGUUUAAAUCCGGAACAAGGAAAAUGGAAAGUAGAAGAUUUGGAUAGAAUACAUGUAUUUCUUGUGGAAAAGGAAUGUAAAGUUACUGUUUUAGAAAAAACUGAUACGCACUUAGUUGUAUCGAUCACAUUAUUGAAACCAAAACAAUGCGAUCUUCUUUCUUUCGUUACUAAUGAAUUAGGAAUCCGUUUGGCAUCUAAUUCAAUAUAUACGAAUCCUAUCGAAAUAUCGGACAAUAUUACUUCAGACAAUAUAUCUUCGAAUUCUUCGAAUGUAAUUAUUGAAAAAUAUAUAGUGAAUAAUAGAACAAUCUCUGAUAUAGAUACAGAUACUGAAAUGAUUAUGGAAUACUUAUCAGAUAUAGACAGUGAUAUUAUUAGCGAUAAUUCUAUGAUAAUAAUAAAUAAUCUCGAUGAAAUAGACAAUCAUAAUAAUAAUUUACAAAUGAUUAAAAAAGAAUUAGUUCAUACUAAUUUAGAAAUUACAAAUAUCGAUUGUUUUGACACAUAUAUACCAAUCAUUAUUCCCAAUGACAUUGAUACCUUUGAAGUAGACUUAUGUUAUACUGAAACAGCAACUAUAUAUUAUACUCAAAUAAGGGAAAAUAAAAAAUCUAAGAUAUUAAACGAUUAUUACAAUCGUUAUAAAAUAUUAAUGGAAAGUUUACAAAGGGAAGCUCCUAAACAACCAUUGAUCGAAAGUUUAGUUUCCAAUACUCCCUGUUGUGCCUUGUUUAACGAUGAUAUUUGGUAUAGAUGUAUUAUUAAAAAAACUACCAAAAUAAAAAAUUCAAAGAAGACUUUCGUUCACUUAUGGUACGUUGAUUUUGGAAAUGAUGAAUAUCGAAAAGUAACAUUGGAAGAUUGUAAUCUACGUACAUUGAAAAAAGAAUGGUUCAGUGUACCAACAAUAGCUAUAAAAUGUCAAUUAUGGAAUAUUAAUGUUGCCACUAGUAAAAAAUUCUCGAACAUAAUAGUGGAAAUCGAAAAAAUGUACCGAAAGUAUAGUAAUCGUAUAACCGUUAAAGUUAAGGAACGUUGUAAGGACCAUUUGUCUGUGGAAUUAUACGUGGAUAAAACAUGUAAGAAAUUGAUUUAUAAUUCUUUAAUCAGAGACGGUUUUUUUCAAAUAAAUAAGACGAAGAAAGACUGAU